AUUUCCUCCCCCCUCGGCACUAAAUUCCCGCCCAGGGCGACGCUAGGUCAGCCUCUUUAUUAUAAACCGCACCGUCCCUGCGGCAGAUGACCCAAACAAUUCCACUGAGAGAGCCUGUCCGUUUUUUCGGCAAUUCGAUUCCUCACGGCGCCAGUAGGGCCUGUUCGACGCGGGAUGCAUAUCCACGACGUUCCUCCCCCGAGUGAGUCGGGCUCAGCAGACACCGUCUACUCUCCCGAGUCGGGAAUCCCGAACCCCCACCCUCAGAUCCUCGGGCAGCAGAAAGAUAUCUCAGCGCAAGACAUCGAAUACCUUUACCUCGAACUCGAGACACCCCUCCCGACCCCCCUGAUCACCGCGCCCCCGGGCCCCGGACAGUCGCCGCCCCCCGACGCCCCGAGUCUCGAACAGUACACCUCCCCGUUCCUGUGGCCGAAAUGGCGCAAGUGGAUGAUGACCUGGAUAGCGUGCGGGGUGACGGCCUUGGCGGGUUACUCGGCCGGCGAGGACAAUGCGGCCUCGUCGCUGCUUACGGCUGAGUGGGGGAUCAGCUCCGUGGUGUUCAACCUAGGCAUCACGAUCUUCUGUAUUGGCUUUGCGCUGGCACCCAUGGUGCUGGCCCCAUUCUCCGAAAUCAACGGGCGGCGGCCGAUUUUUGUCGCGAGUGGGGUUUUGUUCACUUCUUGUAUCAUUGCGUGCGGAGGCACGCAUGUAUUCGCCGGAUUGCUCAUCGCGCGCCUGCUCCAGGGCGUGGGUGCUUCGACGUUCUCGACCAUGGUCGGCGGCGUUAUUAGCGAUAUCUUCCAUGCGGAUGACCGCAACACCCCCAUGGCGUUGUUCUCGGGUGCAGCUCUCUUCGGGACCGGCCUGGCACCGCUGAUCUCGAGUGUGAUUGUGACUCGCACCAGCUGGCGUUGGGUGUAUUGGUCCCACGCCAUCGUCUCGGCUGUUUUCGUGAUUAUCAUAUAUUUCUUCUUCAAGGAGACCCGAGGCAGCGUGUUGCUUAGUCGAAAGGCCACGGCCCUGAACAAGUAUUAUGACCAGCUCGAGGAAGCAGGCCACUUUGGUGUGAUCAUGGGAGAGAAGAACGAGGCCAAACGGAUCCGAUGGAAGGUGAAGAGCGAUGAGCAGCGGGAGUCUCUCAUGCAGAUGAUCAGCAUAUCCUGCUACCGGCCUUUCCACAUGCUCAUCACCGAGCCCGUGGUCUUCUUCUUCUCCCUCUGGGUAUCCUUCAGCUGGGCUGUUCUGUACCUGCAGUUUGGCUCCGUCCCGCUGGUCUUCGAGACCAACCACAACUUCAAUCUUGAGCAAACCGGAGCUGUCUUCUCCUCAAUGUGCGUCGGCGCCAUCCUGAUCACCAUCAUCAGCAUCUACCAAGAGAAGAUCGCCAACCGGUACGGGCUCCUCCCAAAGACCCCCGAAGCGCGACUGUACUUCGUAUGCUUCGAGGCGGUCCUCAUGCCGGUCGGACUAUUCUGGUUCGGAUGGACCUCGUACCCCUCCAUCCCGUGGAUCUCGCCGACACUGGCCAUCGGGUGCGCCACGAUGGGGAUCUUCGCCGUGUACCUGGCUGUCUUCAACUAUUUGGCGGAUACGUAUCAUCGCUAUGCCAGUUCCGCCAUUGCGGCCCAGUCAUGCUGUCGAAACCUACUCGGUGGCGUCUUCCCCCUGGUUACCAACGCGAUGUUCACGAACCUCGGGUUUCCGGCGGCCUCGAGUCUGCUGGGUGGAAUUGGAGCUGCUCUCACCCUUGUCCCGUGGAUUUUGAUCUUCUACGGACCUCAGAUCCGCGCGAAGAGUAAGCUGGCGAGUGAACUUGCGCAUUGAACAUGAGACGACGAAAGCGAUGAUCGAUGAUCUGUGGAUACCAAAAAUUAGACUUGAUAUAUAGUAAUAAUAAUUAGACGGGCUGUAACGCAGUCCAUGGACAUACAGUUG